GGCCAAUCGGCGUCCAGCUGGCUCAGCUGAUCUGGUGUCGACAGCCGUCGUUGGCUCUUCCUCUUGUGUUGUUAUGUUCUCAAACUUCCUGUCCAGUCUGAGCAAGCAAUGGCAAGUGGUGGAUGAACAUGGUGAUGUAGUGGAUGACGAUGAAACUUCGAGCAUCGAUUCGGAUUGGUCUUUCAUGCAAUUGGACGAUGGUUCCAACUUAUCCAACCGAUCUCGAUCACCGACAGGCACUGAGACAUCUUCCCGCUCGCUUUCCAGAGAUGAACGUCAUUUUGGUUUUCCGAACAGCUUGGACUCUCCCGUACGACAGGAUCCCAACGACAGGCCCGUGAGCCGAUCAGCUCGGUCAGCCCAGCCUGCGGUAGCGCAUCCACGCGGUGCGACCGCCGCUGCCCUUGUUGGCGCCGAUCAAACCACACGGGGUGUCGUUCGCCCGAACCCAGUAGAAUCACGUCAGGUAGCGGCCCGUUGGAAUGCCGCCGUCCAUGUCAACGGUCGCCGUUCACAUCGCACCAAGCAAAACGUGGACGCCCAACGUGCCAAAUGUCUGCGCCGGGGUGCACAAGUCACCACUGGCUUCCAGCGCAUUCAAGUUCGCUUGAUGUCUGGCGGACAACUGCCUCAGGGACGCAACAUCGCAGCAAACAAAAAUUAACUGGGCUGCCUGUUUCAGCGUUCAUUCGUGUCUCACUCUCCUCUUUUCCCAAAGUAACGUGCUAACUUCUGGUCGUUUGCUUAUUUUUGGUCAUUCGUGUGGUUGUCUGCUUCCCCUAAAUGAAACCCCCCGUGUUUACUAUCUCAGUCCGUUUGGUUGCUCGUUAUUCUUUUCCUUUGUGUUGGCUAUUUACCUCGUUACAGUUCAUGUACUUCAGCGUUCUUUACCCUAAUCACUCCAUCAUAACUUUGAAAACUUUAGCGAUACAUCAAUCAAGAAAUAGUCAAAAAAAUUCUUCGCCUCUCGGCAUUGAUCUGUGGUUUACUAUUUUUGUGCCGUUGCGUUUGUCUCUUUCUUCUUUGUUUUAUUUCUUUCGAGUAGCUCAUCUACUCUAGUCAUCUUUCGCUCAAUGUUGGUGUCGUCAAUGCACACUUAAAUGAGCUGCGUGCCUGUAGGCACGCAACAAAACAAAAAAUACAGAAACAUAUCUUAGCUACUCAAAGUAGUGUGAACUUUUUCGAUAAUUUG